GAUUCUUCAGGAUUGUUCACUAUCCAGUAUUCUUCGCUUCGCUCGCAGUCGCUCUGCUACCGCCGGGGGGGUUCCCUGCUUCCGGUGCUUGCGAGACGUGUUCAAGCCAAAUGUCAUCUCCAUUUAGCCUCAUCGACAUCAUUCACUGAGUACCGCGUACUCGCAAGACUUCAGCUUGUGUGAUCCUUCCGGCAAACCAUUUCAAUGUUUCUCGAUAUUUAUAGAAGCUUUCCCGAUUAGAAUGCCGGACGCACACGGCCAGGGUAUCCGAUCCUUAUUGAAAAGGUUGAAUUUGGAGAUAUUGAAUGAGGAAGGAAGACUCCACGCCACAUCUAUAGAAAGUAUAUCUGGAACCCGGACAACCCCCAAUCGCUAUCUCCAACCUCCAUCAUGGCAUCCGAAGCGUUGUCGCAGCUGUGGUACAACGCGACGCACAACCUCGUACCGAAACGGGAGAGGACCGAGAAGCAGAAACCGCUCCUAGUUUCCUUAUCGGAAUUGAAUUUGAGGCAAUGGGCCGAGUUCUGGACUGGCUGGCUUGCCUGGUCAUGCGAUGCAAUUGACUUCUUCUCCGUCUCGUUGAGUGUAACAAAUCUCGCGACGCAGUUUGGCAGAGACACCACCGAUAUUACCCAAGCAAUCACACUCACACUUCUCUUCCGCUCCGUUGGCGCAGUUCUCUUCGGGAUUAUCUCUGACCGAUAUGGACGCAAGUACCCGCUCAUUCUCAAUCUUCUCGUAGUCUCCGUGCUUGAACUUGGUGCUGGUUUCGUACAAACCUACGCCCAGUUCCUUGCUGUGAGGUCACUGUUCGGUAUUGGAAUGGGUGGAAUCUGGGGUCUAGCUGCCUCAACUGCUCUGGAGAACCUUCCGGUCGAGACGCGUGGAUUAGCCAGUGGAGUGCUACAACAAGGAUACGCAGUAGGCUACCUUAUUGCUGCGGUCAUCAAUCUCACACUAGUCCCCGAACAAUCUCAUUCUUGGCGCGCGUUGUUCUGGUGUGCGGCUGGCAUUAGUGCAUUUGCUGCAUGCAUUCGUCUGUGUCUUCCUGAGAGUAAAAUUUUCCUACAAGCUAGAGAAGAUGCCAAACACCGAGAAGAGGAAAGGCUAGGGCAUAAGAACAGUGGUGUGAAGAAGACUCAGAUAUUUUUCAGAGAGACGGGGAAGAUGCUCAAACACCAUUGGAUGCUUUGUAUAUACGCAGUGUUAUUGAUGACCGGCUUCAACUUCCUAUCACACGGAUCUCAGGACCUCUUCCCGACCUACAUUCAAACUUCCAAAGGCUUUUCCGCACACGAUGCGACAGUAAUGACUAUCAUUGGAAAUUGUGGUGCAAUAGCAGGAGGUGCCAUUGCCGGAUGGGGUUCCCAAUACCUCGGUAGGCGACUCACGAUCAUUGUCUUCGUCUUGAUCACCGCCGCCUUCAUACCUCUAUGGAUCCUGCCGAGUAGUUUCGGGGGACUCGCUGCGGGUGCAUUCUGCAUACAAUUCGGUGUGCAAGGUGCUUGGGGUGUCGUGCCUAUCCAACUUGCUGAAAUGUCGCCUCCGGCUUUCCGAGCAACAUUCCCCGGUGUGGCGUACCAAGUUGGGAACAUGGUGUCCAGUGCGAGUGCGCAAAUCGAGUCGACUGGUGGAGAACAUCUCAAGACUACGAUCUCUGUCCCCGUUAGUUCUACAAAUCCGACAGGCGAGAAGGUCGUACCGGAUUACGCCACAGUUCAAGGCAUACUCAUCGGCUGUGUCGCCGCAUUCCUCCUUAUUGUUACUCUCUUCGGUCCAGAAAAGCAUGGGUAUGAAUUUGAGAAACACCGGGCCGCGUUCGAGGAGGGCGGAGGUGACGACGAAGCCAUGAUGGAUGAUAAUGUGCUGGAAGGAAGGAGGAGAACUGAUGGAGACCGGGCGGGUGCUGAAGAGCGCCUUAGUGCAGAUGGAGCUAGCAGUGAUGAAAAAGGGAGGGAAGAGAUGGUUGAGAAGGUGUGAAGGUUGUUGUAUUGUAUACAAUAUGGCGGCGGCCCAGUUUUGGUGAGCGAGGGAGUUAUUGACAUGUACUUGUAAAGAUAUUUCUGACGACCGAGAGCACAUUUUCAAUGAUAAUGGAAAGUUACGACUUGCUCCUGUA